UACAAAUGGUGGUAAUUUAAAUAUCAAAGAUAGAGGUUAUAAAAUAUGAUUUAUUUUUAAAAGUAAUUAAUAAAAAUAUCAAAUUAUUAAAAAAUAAAAAUGUCUUUGUAUGACGAUUUUGAUAAGCACCGGGCGUCUGAUAAAGUCGCUGGAUGGUCUUCAGGAAUAAAAUUAUUACAGUCACAAUUACAAUUAAAAAAAGCCGCUGUCACACAGCCGAAACGAGAACAAUUUCGGAAAGCUACAGCAGUAUUACCCCCGGUUAUAGAUUUGAAAUCAAAAGCAUCGAGUCGGGAUGCGGCUGCAGCAGCAGCGGCAGCAGCUGAACGUGAUGAAGAAGGAUCAUCAUCAUUAAUACUGUCGUCGAAUAAUACAUUUACGAAUCCUGGAAUAAAUACUGCGACGACUGGUGAAUAUGAUUGGAAUGUUAUCAAUGAGUAUGAUCCACUGUGGCCAAAUGAGUAUGAAAAAGUCGUCAAAGAAUUACGGGAUAUACGUGAUAGAGAGUAUGAACAAGAAGCUGAGCAAAGAAAACGUCGGCGUGAGAUAUCACGUUUUGAAGAACAAACAAUAAUGGCUAAUACAAUGGUUGUACCUGAAAGAGAUGAAGAACGUACAUCAACAUCACGUGGAAUAAUUGGCGGUGCAGCAAUAGCACCACCACCUUCUUUACAAGAGCCAUCAGAAAUAACAAUGCCUUCAAUUAGUACUCCAACCCGUCCAGUAACGACACCUGGACUUGGCUAUACGACGUCAUCAGUAGCAGCUAAAAUAAUGGCGAAAUAUGGAUUUAAAGAGGGGCAAGGUUUGGGUAAAAAAGAACAGGGCAUGUCUGUUGCUUUGCAGGUUGAGAAAACAAGUAAACGAGGUGGAAGAAUUGUUGGUGAAAAAGAACAGUUGAUGCCACCUCCACUGGCUGUUAGUUCAUCACCACCUUCGAAUACUCAAUCAAAUGAAGAACCUACCAUCACUGAAAUCAUGAAGAGUCCCAGCAAGGUUGUGCUGCUAAGAAAUAUGGUCGGACCAGGUGAAGUUGAUGAAGAUCUUGAGCCAGAAGUUAAAGAUGAAUGUAACACAAAGUAUGGUGAUGUUGCACGCGUAUUAAUUCAUGAAGUGAUGGAUGUAGUUCCCGAAGAAGCUGUACGGAUUUUUGUUGAAUUUAAGCGAAUCGAAAGUGCGAUUAAAGCGGUAGUUGAUUUAAAUGGACGUUUUUUUGGCGGGAGACAAGUUAGAGCUGGAUUUUAUUCAAGUGAAAAAUUAGAUAAUUUACAACUCAUGGACUAACUGUAGGUUAUUU